AAAAGUUGAGACACCAAAAGUAUAUUAAACCCUUUUUUUCCUUAACAAAAAUCCAGAAUUUUUCUACAUAUCAAGACAGGUUCCCCUCAUUUUCUUGUUAAAGCCAGUUAAGAAAAUGAAGCUUGUUGUAUUUCUUCCAUGGUUACUCAUUUUAUGCAAUCAUGCCAUAUCAAACAAGGCAUUUCAAGAGACACCCACUUCACUACAACAUCAAGAUUUCACCCUGCCAGAUAAACAAGUACAAGUUCAUGAUGGUUUAAAAAAUGGAAUGAAAGAAUAUGAAGAAAACCAUGAAAUUUUUCAUUCAGUGAAGGGAAGAACAGGUGGACAUGGGAAUUCGAAUAUUGUUCAUCAGCCUGGCCCUAAUCAAAAAAGUGCUGCAACACUAACAGCAAAGCCUGCUUUCUUUCUGUCAGCUAUUUUUAUGAUUGUAAAUUUGUAUGCAAGUUUUGGAUUGGAAUUUGAUAGAUUUUCCUAUUCUCACACUUAAGAACAAAUUGUGCAGAUGCAUUGAAAUUCUGAUAGCUACAUGCUUGAAAUAGUUGAGAAUUUUGAUUUUGUUACUGAUUAAUUAUCACCAAUUAUUAUGUGAUUUGUACUAAAACUGUUUGAAUUAUUAAUGAGUAACUUGAUUUUUUA